UCCACCCCUACAACACCACCACCACCGCUCAAAACCACAAAUUCAGGUGCAAAAUAAUUAAUUUAUUUAUCUUAUGAGCCCAGCAAAUCUCCAUGAUCACAAAGCAAAGACCAAGAAUAUGUACCCACCACCACCCUUGAAAGUCAACAAGGACUCUCACAUGAUCAAAAAAUCAUUUCCAUCACCGCCGUCGUCAUCUUCAUCCUCCGCGUCUUCGCUAGCUGUUACAGGUCCCAUCAAGCCCCAUCCGGUGAUCAUCUACACCCACUCGCCCAAAGUCAUCCACACAAACCCUAAGGAUUUUAUGGCAUUGGUGCAAAAACUAACGGGCUUGUCGCAGUCCGAGGAUGACCCAUCGGCACCUCACGUAAGGAAAGAAAAUGGUAAUAGGGUGGUGGCCAUGGAGGAAAACAAGAAGGUGAAGUUUAACGAUGAUAAUGAAUCGUCUUCAGCUAUUACUGAUCAUGAGAAUUAUGGGAGCAUUGGUGAUCGAGGACAAUGUUUUAUGCCACGCCAUCCUAAUUACAUGACUAGUAUUCCAAUCUUUACACCUAAUUUAGCUGAGUUUCUUUGUGCAAACCAGCCAUGCUAUAAUAACUAUACUACGGAUCCUUUAUUUCUUUCCUUCUCCAAAUAUGAUCUCAGCAACUUCUGCCUUGGAGGUGAAGAUUAAUGAGUUCUGCGGGUAUUAUUAGUUUUCUUUCUUCUGAUUUUGGAGAGAAGACAGUCUCUUGGCAGAAUCUUUUUCUUCUUCUUCUGGUUUUAGUGUCAAUAAAAGCUCCGAUACAU